AGGAGGAUCACUAUGACUAUAGCCCUUGGUAGAAUUCCUAAAGAAGAAAAUGAUCUAUUUGAUACUAUGGAUGACUGGUUACGAAGGGACCGUUUCGUUUUUGUAGGAUGGUCUGGCCUAUUGCUCUUUCCUUGUGCUUAUUUCGCUUUAGGGGGUUGGUUUACAUGGACAACUUUUAUAACUUCUUGGUAUACCCAUGGAUUGGCUAGUUCCUAUUUGGAAGGUUGUAAUUUCUUAACCGCAUCAGUUUCUACCCCUGCCAAUAGUUUAGCACACUCUUUGUUGCUACUAUGGGGGCCCGAAGCACAAGGAGAUUUUACUCGUUGGUGUCAAUUAGGCGGUCUAUGGACUUUUGUAGCUCUCCAUGGGGCUUUUGCACUACUAGGUUUCAUGUUAUGCCAAUUUGAACUUGCUCGGUCUGUUCAAUUAUGGCCUUAUAAUGCAAUCUCAUUCUCUGGUCCAAUUGCUGUUUUUGUUUCUGUAUUCCUUAUUUAUCCACUGGGGCAAUCUGGUUGGUUCUUUGCACCGAGUUUUGGCGUAGCAGCGAUAUUUCGAUUCAUCCUUCUCUUCCAAGGAUUUCAUAAUUGGACGUUGAACCCAUUUCAUAUGAUGGGAGUUGCCAGAGUAUUAGGUGCGGCUCUGCUAUGCGCUAUUCAUGGAGCGACCGUAGAAAACACUCUAUUUGAGGACGAAAACACUCUAUUUGAGGACGGUGAUGGUGCAAAUACCUUCCGUGCUUUUAACCCAACUCAAGCUGAAGAAACUUAUUCAAUGGUCACUGCUAACCGCUUUUGGUCCCAAAUCUUUGGUGUUGCUUUUUCCAAUAAACGUUGGUUACAUUUCUUUAUGCUAUUUGUACCCGUCACCGGUUUAUGGAUGAGUGCUAUUGGCGUAGUUGGCUUGGCUCUGAACUUACGUGCCUAUGACUUUGUUUCCCAGGAAAUCCGUGCAGCAGAAGAUCCAGAAUUUGAGACUUCCUACACCAAAAAUAUUCUUUUAAAUGAGGGUAUUCGUGCAUGGAUGGCAGCUCAGGAUCAGCCUCAUGAAAAUCUUAUAUUCCCUGAGGAGGUUCUACCACAUGGAAACGCUCUUUAAUGGAACUUUCGUUUUAGCCGGUCGUGACCAAGAAACCACCGGCUUUGCUUGGUGGGCUGGGAAUGCCAGACUUAUCAAUUUGUCCGAUAAACUGCUUGGAGCUCAUGUAGCUCAUGCCAGAUUAAUCGUAUUCUGGGCCAGAGCAAUGAACCUAUUUGAAGUGGCCCAUUUCGUACCAGAAAAGCCCAUGUAUGAACAAGGGUUGAUUUUACUUCCACACUUAGCUACUCUAGGUUGGGGAGUAGGGCCAGGGGGGA